AUGUUUUUGACAUAUUAUAUUUUGGACAGUAAGAAUCGAGGUCAGCUGUUUUUUUAGGCUAGCGUAGCCUACGUAUUUUAGGCUUUUUUUUACCUCGCUGGCUGGACCAAAUGUGGUAUUGACCAUUUGUUAAUACUUUUCUGAUUCAUAUUAAUCAUGAGCCAAGAUGAAUUUAUAUAUUUGCUGAUGCUAAUUAUUUCUAUGCCUCUAGGCUAUGUGAUACAACGACGAGCUACAACUCCGAACCAAAAGAAAUGGAUCUGCACCGGUGCAGGACUCGGGAUGGUCGCCGUUGUUUGUCGAAUGAAUAUGUUUCAUUCACUUGUAACCACGUUUGUAAAUUCAUUAAUUAUCAAGUUUUCAAAUAAAAGACAUUGCCCAACAUUGUCGUUUGUGUUCGUGUUCACCUAUCUUGCUUUCUUCCGCACAACGCAUUACUUCGGAUUGCCAGCACCGACUUCGUUCUCAAAUGUGGUUCAGCUAUUGCUAACAUUGAGGAUGGUUGGAAUAGCAUUUGAAGUACAAGACUCAUGGAAAGCAAAGGAAGAAAUCUCAAAGUCUGAGAAAAAAGACGUAGACAACAGAACCCUGAUGGCAGUUAUUGACACACCUGGAAUGCUGGAUGUGUUCAUGUAUGCAUAUUGUUAUAUUGGGAUUUUAACAGGACCAUAUUACAAGUAUAAAGUUUAUGCAGAUAUGAUCAACCAGAAACAGGGUGUUAAUAUACCAACACUUAAGCCGGCAGUACAUCGUCUUAAGUACAUUAUACCAUAUGGUGGCGCCUACCUCAUUCUUUCUCAGUACUUCGUUAUUGACUAUCUCCGGACAGAUGCGUUCUACGAUAAUCCUUUUUGGUACAGAUACCUUUUCAUGGUUCCCGUGUUUAUUGUGUUCAGGCUCCGAAUGUUUUCUGCAUGGGUUCUAUCGGAAGUUGUUUGCAUUUUAGCUGGUCUUGGCGCAUAUCCUAAAGAAACCAACCCUAAGUGUGCUCAAGGUCCUACUCAAUCUGUACCUCAAGACAGCGAGUCAACAAAUUAUGAGUACAACUUUGAUACAAUCCGUAACAUUGAUGGCUACAACUGUGACACCACGUCCACACUGCGUGAUGCAAUGCGCUACUGGAAUAUGACCGUCCAGUGGUGGCUAAAACACUAUAUUUAUAUAAGAUGUCCAAUAAAGUCUCUAAGAACAUCUAUAACGUUGUUGGUGAGUGCUUUCUGGCAUGGUAUUCAUCCUGGUUACUUCCUUAGCUUUCUGACCAUUCCCAUAAUGCUAACAGCAGAGGAUGUUAUGAUACAGGCAUUUCGUACAGAUGAAAAUGCCAGAGUGUACCGUAAACUCAACUGGUUCUUCCGUAGCAGAGGACUGGACUACCUUGCCAUGGGAUUUCUUCUCUUAACCUGGAAUGACACGAUACGAUUCUGGAAAUCGGUUUAUUUCAUUCCACACCUCUUUAGCGCUUUGUUUAUCAUUGUUGGUUUGGUAUUCAAACCAAAACAAAGUUAUCGAAAGCUAAAAGAAGCAAAGGAAAGCAUAGAGAAAGUAAGCGAUAGUAUUGGGAAGAAAACAGAUUAACAACUUAUUACUGUAUUAUGAUGCUUAUCAGACUCGUUGCCAGCACUAAUUUACAAUGUCUAUUUGUAAAGCAGUUUUAUAAAAUAAAAAGGUGAGAAUUAUGAAAUGGUAAUCUGGACAUUUUUGUAAAUAUACCUAUUAUAAAUAAUUAUUUUAAUAUUAAAUGCAUAUUUUUAAAAGGUGUGCUUAUCAUUUAUGUAUAUAUUGCAUUUUUAAGUGUCUCCCAUAUUUUGGCAAUACAGUACUGGGUUUUUUUGAUCAUUCUCUAUUUUAUAUUUUAUGUCAAAUGAAUAAAAUUGAAUAAAGAGCCGUGAUCACAUAUUGA